AUGAAGGAAAGAAUUAAUGAAAAGUUUAAAAUAAAUUCAUAUCAAGAUUAUUCUGAGAAAAAUAAGGAAUGGAAUAUUGACGAUGCAAUUAAUUAUAUAAAAAAAAACGCCUUUUUUAAAAAAUAUAAAGAUAUAGAUGAUGCUAAUAAUAUAUGUGAUAUUAAUGAAGAUGAUAAUAUAGAUGAUGAUGACAAGUUCUAUAAAAAUUUCGAGAGCAUCUUAAUAGAAGAGAAAAAAUAUUUAAAGAAGUUGUUGAGAGAAAACCGAUGGAAUGAUAAUAUAUUAAAAGAAUAUAUGGAUGGAAAAGUUUUAGAGAAUGAAGAAAAUGAAGAAUCUGGUUUAAUGUUUGUUUAUAAUACAUGUUAUAAUAUAUUAAACAGUAAAAAUGACUUAACUGAUAAUAAUAAUAAAGAUAGUAAUGUGAAUAAUUCUAAAUAUAACGAGGGUUAUAUUAUUAUAAAUAAGAAUAAUAAUAUGAAGAAGAUUUAUAUAAAUGAAAUAAAUGAAUUAUUAAUUGAAAUAAUAUAUAUAACUUUAACAACAGAGAAUUUAGAAAAUAGUUUAGUAGAUUUGUUAGGAGAUCGUUUUUUAGAUUUUAUAAUACAAAUUAUAAAAAAUAAAGAACAAAUAGAAAAAGAUAUCAAAUUAUUAAGUAAACAAAUAGUUAUAAAAGAAAAUACGUUAGUAUCUAAUUUUUUUAUAACUAAUAAAAGUUCUAAGAAAAUAAAAAAUCAACAAAUUUUAUAUAAAAAAGAAAACUUAGAAAAAAUAAUUGAUCAUUUCUUAUAUUUGUUAAGAGAUGAUUCAUAUAACCAGAUGAAAAAAAUUUAUAUACCAAAUGAUCAAGAUAAAUUAGAAGAAAUACAUGUACCAAAAAAUACGGUUUAUUCAUAUACAGACAAUAUUACAAAGGUCAGAAUAAGUAGAUUAGAAAAUUUACAAUUUGAUAAAAAGGAAUUAGUUUCAGUAAAUGUUUUACCUUUCUGGCAUAAAUAUAUAUUUGAUUUUGAAUAUUUUAAUUAUGUACAAUCGAAAGUAUUUAAUUCUGCUUUCAGAAGUAAUAAAAAUUUGUUAGUAUGUGCGCCUACAGGAUGUGGAAAGACAAAUAUAGCCUUAUUAGUUAUUUUACAGCAAAUUAUUUUAUUCUGUGAACAAAAUAAAAUUAAUUUGGAAAAAAUUGUUAAAUCGUAUUUGAUAAAAAAUGGGUUAUCAUCAUAUGAUGAUGAUAUGAAGAAAAGAAAUGAUGACAAUGAAAAUAGUAAGCAUGAACUGAAUAGUUAUGGGUAUAAUGAAUCUAAUAAAUACCUUGACAAUAAUAAUAAUAAUAGUGAUAAUGAUAAUAAUGAUAAUAAUAAUAAUAAUAGUGAUCAGGAUCUUAUCCAUUUAAGUGAUAAUGGUGACAAACCUUUUGAUGAUGACGAUGAUAAUAAUAAUGAUUUUGAUGAUGAUGAUGAUGAUGGUGGUGAUGUUGAAAAUUAUUGUGGAUAUAUAAAUUCUAAAGAAUUUAAAAUAAUUUAUAUUGCACCUAUGAAAUCAUUAGUAUUUGAAAUAACAAAUUUGUUCAGAAAAAAAUUAAAAAUAUUUAAUUUGAAUGUAUGUGAAUAUACAAAAGAAUAUAGUUUAAGCUCAAAAGAACUUGAACAAGUACAUAUAAUAGUAACAGUACCAGAGAAACUAGAUAUUCUUUUACGAAAUAGUAAUUAUUCAACAACAGUAUCUGAUGAAUCUUUAAUUAAAUAUAUAAAAUGUUUAAUAUUAGAUGAAGUACAUUUAUUAAAUACAGAUAGAGGUGAUGUUAUUGAAACUAUUGUCUCUCGAUUUUUACAAUAUUCAGAAACAUCACAAUCGAUUAGAAGAAUAAUGGCUAUGUCAGCUACACUACCUAAUUAUAAGGAUGUACGUGAUUUUUUAAAAGUUGAAAAUGAUAUGUGUUAUUAUUUUAGCGAAAAAUAUCGAUCAAUUCAAUUAGAUAAAACAUUAUAUGGAAUACAUGAAGAAAAUAAUAAUAAAUUAUAUAUUGCUAAAAAUAUAUAUACAUAUAAUGAAAUAAUAAAUAGUCUUAAAAAAGAUAAACAAUGUAUUAUAUUUGUAUGUUCUAGAAAUGAGACAAAUAAAACUAUCGAAUUUUUAAUUAAUCAUGCAUUGAAAAAUAAUGAAAUAGAUUAUUUUGUAAAUAACAUAUAUACAGAUAAUGAUAUUAAAAAGAAGAUUAAGAAAUCAAAUAAUCUUUAUAUUAAACAAUUUUAUGAAUAUGGAUGUACUAUUCAUCAUGCUGGUAUGAGUAGAUCAGAUAAGAUAUUGGUAGAAAGUUUAUUUAAAAAAAAAGUUUUUAAUGUAUUAUGUUGUACUUCAACACUUGCAUGGGGUGUUAAUCUACCUGUACAUACUGUAAUAAUUAAAGGAACUAAUUAUUUUUCAUCAGAAAGUGGUAAAUUAGAAGAUAUGGAUAUAUUAGAUAUAAAUCAAAUAUUUGGUAGAUGUGGUAGACCCCAAUAUGAAAGUCAUGGUCAUGCUAUUUUAAUAACAGAAAGAACCAAGUUAUAUAAAUAUAUCAAAUUAUUAACAAAUAAUACUAUUAUUGAAUCUAAUUUUUUAAAAAAUAUAGAAAAUCAUUUAAAUGCAGAAAUAAGUAUAGGAACAAUAAAAAAUAUUGAAGAUGGAAUAAAAUGGUUAGAAUAUACCUAUUUGUUUAUACGUAUGAAAAAGAAUCCUUAUUUAUAUGAUGCAGAUAUAAAUAAUGAUUUAAAUUUAUAUAAUAAAAGAAAAGAAAUUAUAAUGAAAGCUAUUCAAAAUUUAAGUGAAAAUAAGUUAGUUAGAAGAGUACUUCUAACAAAUGAUUUUAUUGGUACAUUCUAUGGUCAAAUAGCUGCUAAAUAUUAUGUAGAUUAUAAAACUAUUGGAAUGUUUGCAGAAAAUAUUCAGAAUAAUAAUUAUAUAGAAAUUAUUCAAGUAAUUAGUAAAGCAAAAGAAUUUGAAAAUAUACAGAUUAGAAAUGAAGAUAUGAAAGAUUUUCUUUAUUUAAAAGAAAAAUGUGAUAUAAAAGAAGAAUAUGAUGAAUCUAAAAAUAUGACAUUACGUAUAUUAAUUGAAGUAUAUUUAAGAAGAUUACAAAUAAAUAAUUUUUCUAUAAUUUGUGAAAUAAAUUACAUUGUACAGAAUAUUAUAAGAAUAUUAUAUGCAUAUUAUGAUAUAUGUUUAAAUAUUCUAAAGAAUAUAUCUAAUUUAAUAAUGAAUACACAUAAUCUUAUUGUAUCUAUUUUGAGAAGGUUACCAAUUAAUUGUGGAAUCUUUAGACAUUUCUGUUACAAAAAUGAAAUGUUAGAAAAAAAUAAAAAAGCCAUUGUUACAAAUAAGGAUAGAUUGAAGAAUAUAAAAAAGGAUAAUGAGGAAUAUGAUAAAAAAAAUAAUAUAUCAGAUAGAAAUGUUGGGGUACAUUUAAUUGAUAUAAAUGAAGAUAAUGAAUAUAAUAAUACAUACAAUAAUUAUAGUAAUAAUAAUAGAAGGAAUCAAAAUUAUACUGUAUAUUUAAAAGAAGCAGCAGUUAAUAUUUUAGAAAAGAAGAAUUUAACUUAUGAGUCAAUAGAAAAUCUUAGUAAAAAUGAAUUAUUAUUUUUUAUGAGAAAUGAAAUAUAUACUAAUCAAAUUUUAUAUUAUAGAAAUAUUAUACCAAAUUUAUAUAUUGAUGGUUAUAUUCAACCUAUAACACAAACUAUAAUGAAAAUUAAUUUAAAUGUAAAAUUAACAAAUACUAUAUGGUCAGAUCAAUGGAAUGAUAUAAUAGAAAAUUUUCAUAUUUUUCUAUUAAAUACAUUAAACAAUGAUAUAUUAUAUUUCCAAAAAUUUUCAAUACAUAAAAAAGAUAGGAAGAAAAUACAUGACAUAUCUUUUGAAUUUCCAUUAUCUAAUCAAAUACCACCUCAAAUUACAGUUCAGUUCUUAUCAUUGAAUUGGUGUAAUUUAUCAUUUGUUCAUAUAUUUAAUACUAACAAUUUAUUUAUUAAUCAAAAAAUAAAUGUAUUUUCUGAAAUACUACCAUUGACACCUUUGUCAACCAAUAUAUUGAACGUUCCAAAUUAUAUAAAAUUUUUUUCCUUUAAAUAUUUUAAUCCUAUUCAAACGCAGAUGUUUCACGCAACAUUUCAUACGGACGAAAAUAUAUUAUUGGGUGCCCCAACGGGUAGUGGAAAAACAGUUAUUGGAGAGCUGUGUAUUUUAAGAAACCUAUUAAGGUGCGAAGAUCAAAAAUCAGUUUAUAUUUGCCCAAUGAAAGCUAUAGUAAAUGAAAGAUAUAAAAGCUGGAAACCCAAGUUUAAAAGUUUAUUUAAUAAAAAUGUAAUUGAAUUAACUGGUGAUAAGAAUGAGAAUAAAGAAAAUAUUGCUGAGAGUAAUAUAAUUAUAUGUACUCCUGAAAAAUUAGAUGUAAUAACAAGAAAUUGGAAAAAUAAAAAAUUUGUUAAAAAUAUGAAUUUAAUAAUAUUUGAUGAAAUACAUUUAUUAGGACAAGAAAAUCGAGGAGGUGUUAUUGAAAUAUUAGUUAAUAGAUUUAAAAAUAUGCAAAAUGAAUUAAAUAAGAAAAUAAGACUAAUUGGUUUAACAACUGUUAUAACAAGUGUUGAUGAUUUAAUUUUAUGGCUAGAUGUAAAAGAAAAUUAUCUUUUUAAUUUCCCUUCAUCAUGUCGUAUAGUACCAUGUAAAACACAUAUUUUAGGGUUCCCACAAAAGGCAUAUUGUAAUAGAAUGUCAGUUAUGAAUAAAAAUGUUUUUGAUUCUAUAAAUCAAUAUGCUCAAACAAAAAAUGUGCUAAUUUUCGUUUCAUCAAGAAGACAAACAAGACUUACGGCUUAUGAUAUUAUAUCACUAAAUCUGAGUUCUCAUAAUUUGAAUUUUCUUCAUGUGGGUAAUUUAUUAAAUGAUAAAAAUCACAUUGAUUUUUUACUGAACACACAAAAGAAGAAUAAAAAAAAUAAAAUUAAUAAUAAAGAUAUUAUGAAUGAAGGUGAUAAUAAUAUAGGAGAAAAUAUAAAAACGUUUGAAUAUAUGGAACAUAAAAAGAAUAUGAAUAGAAAUGAUAAUAUUAUUUCUUAUAACAAUAUGUCUUAUUAUAAAAAGAGUAGUGUAACCAAUGAAGAGUAUAUAAAUCAAUAUAACAAUUAUGAUGAUAAUAAUAAAGGUUUUUUUGGAUAUAUGAAAAAAAAGACAUUAGGUAAUGAUAAAAUUAAAAAGGAGUACAAACAAUAUAAUAAUGAUGAUGACAAUAGUGAUAAUAAAAUACAUAAUAAUGAUAAUAAUAAUAAUAAUAAUAAUAAUAAUAAUAAUAAUUUUGGUUAUAAUGAAAUCUAUGAUUAUAACAUAUUAUUUAAUAAUAAUAAUAAUAAAUUAUCAGAAGAAGAAAAAAAAAAUGUUGCAAAUAUAUUAUUUCAAAAUUAUUUAAAUUUGAUUGAAAAUGAACAUUUAAAAGAAGUUUUGAAAUAUGGAAUAGGUAUACAUCAUGCAGGUUUAAAUGAAAAUGAUAAAAGUAUUGUCGAAUAUUUAUUUUUAAAUAAAAUAAUACAAAUAUUAAUAUGUACAUCAACCCUAGCAUGGGGUAUUAACUUACCAGCUUAUUUAGUAAUAAUUAAAGGAAAUGAGUUUUAUGAUGCAAAAACUAAAAAAUAUAAAGAUAUUCCAUAUACUGAUUUAUUACAAAUGAUUGGAAGAGCAGGAAGACCACAAUUUGAUGAUAAAGCAUUAGCAAUAUUAUUAGUUCAAGAAAAACGUAAAAAUGCGAUUAAAAAUUUUUUAUAUCAUCCUAUGAAUAUUGAAUCAAAUAUUAUGGAAAACUUUAAUGAACAUAUAAAUGCUGAAAUAUGUUCAAAUGUUAUAAAUAAUAAAGAAGAUAUUUUUAAUUAUUUAACCAAAUCUUAUUAUUUUAAAAGAUUAUUUUCAAACCCAUCUUAUUAUAUAAAAGAAGUACAAUAUGUGCAAUUCUUUGAAAAUAGUAAAUUAUCAACACAUGCAAAAAAAAUUAUAUACGAUCAUAUAAAUGAUGUAAUAGAAAACGGUAUUAAAUUUUUAGUUCAAAAUAAAUGUCUAGAGGUUGUACAAGAAAAUUAUAUUCUCAAUUAUUAUCCUACACCUUUAGGUCAUAUAGCAUCAAUGUAUUAUAUUAAAUGUGAAACCGUUUAUUUUUUUUAUACCUCUAUAAAAGAUGGAAAGAAAAAUAAAAAUAAUAAAAUGAAUAAUAUGAAUAGUACAAAUGAUGAUGAUAACACAGUAAAUCAUGUUGAUAGUAUAAAUGAUGAUGAUAAUACAAUGAAUCAUGUUGAUAGUUUAAAUGAUGGGGCUAUCAAAGUGAAUAAUAUGGAAAAUAAUACAAAUGGUAAUAAUAUAAAUGAUAGGGAUAAUACGAACGAUGAUAAUAACAAUAUGAAUAGUAAUAUAAAUAAAUUAAAUGAUAAUAUGGAGAAUGAUUUUUCGACUUUAAAAAAUGAUUCUCUCGAAUUUUACGACAUAUUUGAAUUAGUUGCACAAGCAAAAGAAUUUGAUGAUAUACCAUUAAGACAUAAUGAAGAUAAAUAUAAUGUAAAAUUAAGAAAUCAAAUACCUUUGGAUAUAGAUAUGAAUAUGCCUAAUGUAAAAACAUAUCUUUUAUUAUUAUCACGUUUUUAUGAAUGUACAUAUGAAACGGUUGAUUAUCAUAUUGAUUUAAAAUUAGUAAUGGAUCAGAUAGCUAGAGUUAUUAAUGCUUUUAUUGAUAUUUGUUUAUUAUUUCGUAAUUAUAAUUAUAUAAAAAAGUUAAUUUUAAUAUUUAAUUGUAUAAAUCAAAAAAUAAAGCCCAAUACAAAUUCUUUAUAUAUUAUUAAAGAUAUAACGGAAUAUCAAAUAUAUAAAUUAAAACAAUUAGAUAUAUAUAAUAUUAACCAAUUAAUUAAAUGGGAUAAGUCUUAUUUAUAUUCUUUAAAUAUAUUUGAUAUAACACAAAUAAAUUUUAUUUUACAAUUGCCUGUCUUUAAUAUGAAUGUCAAAUUAUUUUAUAAAGACAUUCAUUCAGAAAGUGAACAAAUAAAUGAAAAUGAAGAGAAAAUUAGGAAUACAACAAAUUCGUAUAUAAAUAUACCAUGCAAUCAACAUUUUAGGAGUCAAAAUAAAUAUGCUUUUAAAAUUAAUUCGCAUAAUUCAAAUGAAAUAGUUAUAAAGAUUUUUUUCAAUUUCCUGAACAGAACAGGAAAAGAAGCAUCUUCUCAGAAUGUCCAAUGGUUUGCUAUUCUUCAUGAUACAGAACAAGAUGAAUCUAUAUCAAUUAAACGAUUCAAUAAUAACAACUUAAAAAAAGUAUCAGUUAUAUCAUUCACAUUAGAAGAUAUGGAACAGGGGAUAUAUAACUUCGUAGUAUAUAUUCAUAAUGAUACCUAUUAUGGAAUAGAGCAUGAAGCACAUAUAGAACUUUGUAUUGAAUAA